AUGGCAGCCAACUACUGGGAAUCGACUCAGCGUCGCUUCUGGCUCUUCUCCAAAGACGAACUACAAGAUGUGCGCCAGAAACUCGAAGACGACAAUGCCGAGCUCGUUCAGAUGUUCCCUCUCCCGCAACCCCGGCACUUGGCCAUAUUCUUUAAUCAACAGGUUAACCGUCUCGGCAAACGAAUGGUCAUCCGGCAGCAAGCCAUGGCCACCGCCCAGGUCUACAUCAAACGCUUCUAUACCAAGGUCGAGAUCCGCCGAACGAACCCCUAUCUGGUCGUCGCGACCGCCCUUUAUCUGGCCUGCAAGAUGGAGGAGUGCCCACAGCAUAUCCGACUGAUUGUCAGCGAGGCGCGCUCAUUGUGGCCCGACUUCCUUAGCCUCGAUACAUCGAAGCUCGGCGAGUGCGAGUUCUUCAUGAUUUCCGAGAUGAGCUCCCAGCUCAUAGUCCACGCGCCGUACCGAACCUUGAACAACUACCAACAGGAACUGCACCUGACACAGGAUGACGUGAAUCUGGGCUGGUCAAUCAUCAACGACCAUUACAUGACGGACCUGCCCCUGCUGUACCCGCCGCACAUCAUUGCACUCACCGCAAUCCUGCUCGUGCUGAUCCUGCGACCGUCUUCGAAUAUGACCGGCUCGAACCAGCCAACGGCCGCAGGCAUUGCUGCCGCAAGUGCGGCGCUGGCCCAGGCUCAGGGGAGGAUGCCAGGACUGCCUCCCACGCCAGGAACGCCGAAUCUGGCAGACAAGGAGAAGCAACCGGAGGCUAGAUUCGGCCGGGUGCAGCGGUAUGGUGCCUGGCUGGCCGAGUGCAACGUCGAAAUCCCCCCCAUGGUUGAUUGUACUCAGGAGAUGAUCUCAUUCUACGAAUGCCAUGAUCAGUACAACGACAAGCUUACUCGCGAGCAAAUCAACCGCUUCGUCAAGGCGAGGGUCCUUGACAAGUGA